UGAGGCAGCUCCUGUUGUGGAUUUAAGUGAUGGACAAGUCCAAGAAAGAGAUCCUCCUAAAGAACAGAGUGGAGCUGGUGGAGAAUAUCAACAUUGAGGAUGGGCUCCUAACAGAACUGUUGUCCAGGCAAGCCCUGACACAGAGAGUUGUCAAAACUAUACAGUCUAAAAAGACAACUUACGACCAGACAGAGGAACUUCUGGACAAGAUUUCAGUUAAAAGUAAUGGAUUUGAAGUCCUUAGUGAGGCUUUGAUAGCAAAUGGCCAGGAAGACAUUGUGAAUUUGUAUUUAAAACCACCAGAAAAAGAGGUUAAAACAUCAAAAACUGAAGUUAAAACAGAAUCUGUUACAUCUCAAAAAUCUCAGACAGUUCAGGAACCCACCCGUCCACAUUCAUCCCCUCCCCGAAUCCCAGCCCCAGGGACACAGGUGUCUCACCCAACAACAAAAGAAGUGCAAUUUGUACACAAUUCCAAAAGCUGCUCCUCAGGAAACAUUGCUUAUGGUUUAGAAAAUUCUCGAGGUGUCCAAUGCUCAGAGGGAGUUCAGCUUAUACCCCACCUACCAUCAGAUCGUGUCUUCCAUCCAAUCGAAAACCCAAGUGUUCAACCCAACCCACCAUCAAGUUUACACACCAACCAAAUCAUUUAUUUACCAAAAAAUCCCAGCCAUCAUUAUGAUUUUACUAAUGCUGAGUUCUUAGAUAGGGUCAGUCAAAAUCGUAAAAUUUUUGAAGAAAAUGAAGAACGACUUAACCUGAAGCACUACAUCAAUGAUCCAAAUUAUGAACCACUGCAAGGAUCUCCAAAACGAGUGACUUCAUGUGAACCGCUCAACAAUAACGUUCCUCAGAUAUGUAGAGAAGUAGUGUAUGUUCCCAGUCAAAAACCUGCAUCUCUGCAAAGGGAGGAUACUCUUGAUGCAAUGACAAAACCUUUGGGAAACCAUGAAGAAAACUUUGAAUCUCCUGCCAAAAGACAACGAAAAGAAGACAAAAUUGUAAUUCCUUAUUUUGAAUCGGAUUCACAAAGUCCUAAUGAAAUAAGGAUCAUCCAAACUGUUCCUCAGCCUGUCAAACUACGAGGCGAGUUAGAUGACCCCGAGAUUGAUCUGACUGAUGGACCGGUUACUGUCAGAGUAGAUCAAUCAACUCGACAGUUCUACCUUAAUAAUCGUGGAAAUUCCUAUGCAAUGAGGAGACUGCCUAGAGGCAAAGCUCUGAUCAUUAACGUGAACGAAGUCGAGGGAAAACCACCUCGGAGGGGUACCGACAUUGACAGGGACAAUCUACACAAUCUCCUGAAUCAACUUCACUUUGAUGUCAAGGUCUAUAAUGACUGUGAUGGGCUUGCGGCAAAGGAGAUGGCGCAAAAGCUAGAGUUGUUUGCUGCAGAUGCUGCCCAUUACAUUGCAGAUGCCACAUUUGUGUGCCUGCUCAGUCACGGAGAGGAAGGGUAUAUCUUUGGAACAGAUGGUCGUAAACUCCAGUUAGACAGUGUGUUUAAGCUGUUUGACAAUAGCAACUGUCCAAGUUUAUUGAACAAACCAAAGAUCUUUGUAAUACAGGCUUGCAGAGGAGGUGCUUUAGACAGCGGUGUUCCAUUUAAUGAUGAACACGAUGGAUCAACCCCGGGAUUUAAACAACUACCAACCCAAUCAGACAUGAUCAUUUGUUUUCCAACACAGACAGGAUACUAUGCUUGGAGAAAUCGUGAGAGGGGGAGUUGGUACAUUGAAGCCUUGGUACAGAUUUUUAUGAAAUAUGCCAAGACUGAGGAUAUUUGUACAAUGCUGCACAGGGUGAAUCUGCUGGUCUCUAGGAAAGUGUCACGGUGUCCUCAGCUGGAGAUGGACUCCAUGUCUCAAAUGUCCGAGUACAAGAGCACUCUACGCAUGCCACAUCUCUAUUUCUACCCAGGAAUUGCUAGUAUUUAGAUAAACACCAUGUCUGCUUUAAUCAAAAUCAUGAGAUACCCCUUGUUUAAAACUACAUAAAAUUUUUUUCUUUUAAAGCUCAUCUGAACUGAAAGGUUUUUAUUUUAAAUCAAAAUUUGUCUGUACAGUGUGGAUCACUUCAAAAAUUGGCAGAUUUACCUGAUUAACUCGGUAAUGUUGACUGGCUCUAAAAUUGGUGGAUGACAUUGGGAUAAAUUGUCACAGCAAGAUAUCUUGUAUUUAUUUUAAAUAUGUUUGAGAUUUAUUCAUUGAGUGAAUACACCUUAACUAUGUAUUCUAACUUCUUUCUCAUUUAUGAGUUAUUUUGAUUUAUGAGUAUUGGAACAAGUUCCACAAGGCUAUUUCAAUGGAAGGAAAUAUUAUUUGAAAGGUGAUUGUUUUAGAGUUGAUUGUUACGAUAAGUAUGUGAUAAAAACCAUUCCAAGGUAUGUUCAUUAAUGCACAUAUGGCCAAAAGCAUCACAUUUUGUACUGUAUUUCAUAUUUUGUUUGUAAAAUCCAUUCAAUUUUAAAGCCGUUUGUUUAUGAUCAAAUGUUGAGAGAUAUAUUUUUAUGUGUCACAGUGUUCUGUAUUAGUAAUAUUUUAUGCAAAAUCUUUAAUAUGUAAAGUUUAAUCAAUUUUUAUUUAAUGUUAGGUAUUUUGUAUAGCCUUUACUCUCCCACAGAAUUGUGUUCGUAUAUGUCACAGAUACUUGUUUAUCAUGUUUGACAAUAAUUAAUGAUAAAUAUGAAUGUAUAAAUAAUUAUAGU